AUGUUUAAAUAUGAAAGGCAUCCAAAUAUUCUUCGACUUCUUGGGUAUUUUCAAGAUGAUAUAUAUUUUGUUCUAAUCCUUGAAUAUGCAGCCAAAGGAGAACUUUAUAAACAACUUGUAAAAUCAGGUAGACUUAAAAAAAAAAAAGCAUCAAGGUAUAUUGCACAAACAGCUAGAGCAUUAAGUUAUAUUCACCAAAAACAUGUUAUUCAUCGAGAUAUAAAACCAGAAAACUUGUUGAUAGAUUUGAAUGAUGAGAUCAAGAUUGCAGAUUUUGGAUAG